AUGGCCAACAACAGCAUAGUGACACACUUUCUACUCAUGAGUUUCCCUGAGGUUCAGGAGUUGCAGAACAUUCCCUUUGUGGUGUUUCUUAUCAUCUAUCUUACAGCUCUGAUGUGGAACCUUCUAAUCAUCGCUGUAGUAAUUCUCAAUGAGCACCUCCAUAAACCAAUGCAUUUCUUUGUUCUAAAUCUAUCUGUUGUUGACCUUGGAUACAUCUCAGUCACCAUCCCCAAAGUCAUGGCUAACUCCAUAAUGAAAACAAGGUGGAUCUUGUAUUCUCAUUGUGUAGCCCAAUUAUUUUUCUUUGUUCUCUUUGGAGCAUCUGAGUUUCUCCUUCUGACAGUGAUGGCCUACGACCGUUACGUUGCCAUUUGCUAUCCAUUGCAUUACGAAAUGAUGAUCAACAGAGGCAGCUGCAUUGGAAUGGCAGGCUUUGCAUGGAUGCUUGGAGUUCUAACAGCAACAUUAUAUGCUGGAGCCACAUUUGCAAGCCCUUUCUGCUCCAACAUCAUUCACCAGUUCUUCUGUGAGAUUCCAACAUUGCUCAUGCUCUCAUGCUCUGACAUGUAUCUCAUUGAAGUUGGGGCUAUUGUCUUGACUGGUUGUUUGUAUUUUGGUUGCAUCCUUUUCAUUCUAAUAACUUAUGUGCAGAUCUUCAAAGCAGUCAUGAGAAUCCCCUCUGCACAAGGAAGGCAAAAGGCUUUCUCUACCUGCCUGCCACAUCUCAUUGUGCUAUCCAUGUUUUACUUCUUUGGUGUCUUUGCUUACUUCCGACCCACCAAUAGGACUCCAUCGCAGUUGGAUCUGGUGGCUGCUGUAGCCUACUGUGUUGUGCCACCAUUCCUGAAUCCAAUAAUAUACAGCAUGAGAAACAAAGACAUCAAAGGAGGUAUGUGGAAACUGAUAGACUGGAGAUAUUCUUCCAAGACUGUUUUUUGUUUCACUUACAAAUCCAAUUUCAGCCGCUGA